AUGAGUAGGAAGAGAUCAAAAAUGUCUUCCAGUGGCACUCUCAGUAACUGCUAUGUGGACGCUAUCAUGGGGCAGGAACCGGAGGAUGUGUACGGUGCUCGUUUUCUUCAAGCUCCGCACACGGUGACCCCGAGGCCGCCAGGUGCCGGGGACAACGCAGACUUUUCCUCAUGCAAUUUUGCGCCAAAGUCCGCCGUUUUUUCGUCGUCUUGGUCCUCGGUUCACCCGCAGGGGAUUUAUCAUCCGUACGUACACCAUCACCACCACCACCAGUCCCAUCUGCCCGCUUCGGACGGUAGAUAUGUCGGCGUCCGCUCCUGGAUGGACCCCAUCUCCAACCACGUUUCGUUCAGCGGAUUUCACCCCAGCAGUCGGCCGUACGGGACAAAGCCGGAGGUCUUGCCACCGAAAGCUACGGAGAACGACUCUUUAGAGGCAGAGGCUCGGCCGGUCGGCGGGGAUUUCGCGUGUGGAGUAUCAGAGUGUCCAGAAAAGGCGACCAAAGAGCAAAGUGGAAGUGAGCUUUCGAGCCACAGCGAGCCCAAAGAAGAGAAACAACAACAACUUGACCAAAGCAACCCUUCAGUAAACUGGAUUCACGCACGCUCCACGAGAAAGAAGCGAUGCCCGUACACAAAAUAUCAGACUUUAGAGCUGGAGAAAGAGUUCCUGUUCAACAUGUAUUUGACAAGAGACCGACGCUUUGAAGUGGCCCGCAUUCUGACUUUAACCGAGAGACAAGUGAAGAUCUGGUUCCAGAACAGGAGGAUGAAAAUGAAGAAGAUGAACAGAGAGAGGAACGGCAAGGAUCUGCUCUAAAAUCACAGCCAUUUGACACAUUUGUACCAAGGAAGCCAUCUGAACAAUUAUAUUCAUUUUGGUUAGGAUCCCCGGUAGCCAUUUUCAUUUUUAGAUCCUCUAGGUGUAGUGUAAUAUUGCGUGUUCGUGUCCUAACGUGUUGGCCAAAUAUACAAAACAAUCACAUGUGCAGGAGAGUUUUGGUGAGAUUCAGAGUACCCUUCAAAUACUGUUUCUUGUGAUAUUUUCUGUUUUACACACAACCGCAAGCAGUUUGUCAGAUUUAGGAAACUAUGUGUAGCCUCUUGCUUUUGUUAAGAAUUUGGAGUUGUAUA